AUGUUGAGAGAACAUUUGGCUCUGGCCUUGGAAGAUAAGCAGAAAGUUCAAGACAAAAUUGUGCAAUUGGAGUCUGAUCUAGAUCAGUCACAUUCAAGGACCUUGGAGCUAGAACGAGAAGUAAAAGUCGUUAGGAAGAAAAUUAGUGAACAAGAGGAGCUUGCAGUCAAGAACGAACAGAGGUGCCUGGUGCUCGAAUACCAAAUCCAAGUAUCUGAUUCAAAAGCAAAAAAGGAAGGAAAAAGGGUGGAGGGGCUUGAGCAGAUAGCAAAAACUCUAGAGCAAAAGAGAAAUGAACUUGAAGAACAUUGCAGCUCAAUGAAAACAAAGUAUGUUGAGGUGGAAGAAGAGUGCUGGCAAUAUUCCAGCAAGACGUCUGAAGUUUCUGCAGAACUGGAUGUUUCUUUAGCAAAAAUACUCAACUUGGAAGUUUCUUUGAAAAAUGCAAAAGAAAAGGAGAUGGAGUUAAUGGAAAAUCGAAGGGAGCUUGUGGAGGAAAGAAGUAAGCUUUUAGAUACGAUGGGUCAUCUUACACAUACAACGAAUGCUUACAAGUAUAUUUAUAAAUCAGGGAUUAGCUGCUUGACUAACAAUUAG